GUGACGCAACUUGCUAGCAAGGCAGCUAAAACGGUGGCUGUUGUAACUUGUAAGGCAGCAGCUUUAUUUCAGCUUUAUUUUUUAAGAAAAUGAACCACACGGACACAUAGCGAAGCGUCCGUUCGCUCCCACGAUGCUGUGUUUGUGUGUAAAUGCCGUGAGGUCGUCGGUGUCUUUACAGAAGCUGUGCGUCCUCUCCCUGUUACACUCUGGACUCCAUCGGUUCUGUCGUUGUCCUCAGCAGUUAUCGAGGAUUCGCCUUCACAGCGGAAACAUUCGCUGCCUGUCGUCUGGACCAGAUUCACCUCCUCCUCGCCCGACACUGAGCGACUCCUCUGACUGCACUGACACACAGCAGAGUUCAUCUGAUUGGUCCCCUGAUCAGGGUCCUCCUCCUGCUCCCACCCACUGCUGCAUGAGCGGCUGCCACAACUGCGUCUGGAUCGAACACGCCGAGCAGCUGCUGGCGUAUUAUCACGACGGAGGAGACCGAGCGCUCGCCGCCAUCGAGGAGAACGUCCUGGACGAGAACCUUAAAACCUAUCUAAAGAUGGAGAUCAGGCUCUUAAAGAAGACGUGACGCAUCACUGCCUCGACCUGCUGACAGGAAUCACUGACUAUGAGCGUUCUUAUGUUAGAAACCAGAAGCACUUUAGAACAAACUCCAUUCAUCAGGUCCAGAUUUUAACUCCUUCCUCUUUUGAGUCACACAGCUUCAGAAAACUCAAACUGCCAACUAGCAGCUUAUUACUGCAGCUCUCAGUUCCAGUAAUACUGCAUCUCAUUACACUGUUCAACCACAAUAUUAAAACCAGAAGUGAAUAACAUUGAUCAUCUUGGUACUAGGUGAUGUUCUGCUGGAAAACCUUGGAUUCUGACGUCCAUGUCGAUGAGACUUAGACACCCAAGUAACCGUUGUCCCAGAACAAGCACACUCUAAAUGCACCCCACCACAUCCCAUAACAAUCAGGAACAUGACAGUCACCCAAGAUGCCAAUUUGACCUCCAAACUUCCUAGACAUCUUUCUGAUCAAACAUCAACAGGAAGCAGAGGAAGAACUUUGAUUCCCAGAGGCUCCACUGCACAACCCAGAGCACCCAAAGGAUCCAACGUCCUGGUUCCAGACCCCAUAGGACACCUGAGAGGUCCUGUGGUUCAGACCCAGUGGUUCAGACCAAAACAAUUCAGGUGGUCAUGAUGUUGUGCCUGAUCGGUGAGAGUAAUUGCUAAAGUUCAUGAUGUUCCUACAAAGUUAAGCAAAUAAUCUCUCCCGUGAUUAUUAUUGGUAGGAACGAGGCCAAAAACUACACAACUGGGUUGUUUAGAAGUGGAAUUGAUCUCCACGUUUUACAUUUUAGAAACUACUGAAUUGUCACAUUAAUCUGUUUUAGUCUGCAAGUGGUGAAUAGACAAAAAAAAGAAAAUCUGCAUCAAUCAUUCAUUUCUCUGUUCGUCAUGCAGCACGUUUGCACAAGUUUGAACUGAAGUAUUAUUCGUACAUUUUAAUGUGUGAUCAUUUUCUUCAGUGUAUUUAAGAGUAUAUUUAAAUUAUGUGUUUGAAAUUAUUUUUUUCUUGAAUAAAUGUUAUUUCUAUUGAAUUAAAACAACUUCAUUUUUCUGUUUUUUGUGUAGAGAGAACCAGUGCACGAGUAAAUCAGCCAAAUGCACAUAAACAAAAAGGUUACAGAAUCUGGUGCAAAUGGUUUUUUUGGUGAAAGUAAUUUUGAUAAAAUAUCCAAAUUUUAGGCUUAGAUUUAGUUAAUUUACCUCACAGAGUUGCACCUCACAGAUAGGUAGUUUAAGGAAUGUCAAAUUAAGAAUCUGUUUUUACAGGUUCUGGGUCUGAUUUUUUGUCAUUUUACUAAUUUUAUAAAAAUAAUUCACCUUUUAAAUCUGCUGGUUUUUUGGGGUUGAGUGUGUUUAUCUGUCUGACAAUAUAAAAAUGAGCAGGUUUAGCUCGACCUCAGUCAAGUAAAAUGAUUAAAUUCUGCAUGCAUGUUUGUUAUUAAUAAUACUAUGACUAAUAGUAUAGCAAAUAGAGCAGCUACUUCAAUGCUUUAAUCAAACUUUUCAGAAAAUACACACAUAUUUAAAGAUUUAGAAUGUAGGACUUUUAUUUUAAAGUGUUGUAUUAGUGGUUUUAUUUAAAUAAAAUAUCUGAGUACCACU